AUGGUGGGCCACCGUCACCACCGCAAGCGACCUGAACUCAUUGCAAAUCACGUUAAGCGGGAGGCAAUGGCAGUCGCGCUUGUACCGAAACCAAAUGUUACUUCGCCCCUUUGGGAGCAUUUCGGCGUUCAGCCAAAUGAAAAGGGGGAACCAGCUAAUUUAGAUGAGGCAGUGUGUAAAAUGUGCGGCAAAAAGAUCCAAGUAAAACGAGGAAACACUUCGAAUUUAAGGUCUCAUCUAGCAAGCAACCAUCCAGCUAUAGAAGCGAGACCCCCUCCUACCACACCGAGUAGCGCAGCAGCUCAUGUCGGUGCCAGCCGACAGCUUGGAGUGGCCGCAGCCUUUGCUCGAGUUGCCAAGUACAGCAUUGAAAGUGACAGACAUAAACGCCUAACAGACGCUGUUACACGGUAUUUGGUCGAGGAGAUGGUGCCGUUUACCACGGUGGAGAAACCGGCAUUCAAGUCGCUGCUUCUGAAAUUUGACAAGCAAUACGAGUUGCCAGGGAAAACAUACUUCUCAGAAACUGCUGUCCCGAAAAUGUACAAUACAGUCAGAGCCUCGAUUCAGAGUGAGCUACAAAAUGUGGACUAUUUCUCUGCCACCACUGACAUGUGGUCAAGCAUAAAUAUGACUCCUUACAUGAGUCUAACUGUUCACUACCUGACCACAGACUGGAUUCUAAAAUCACGCUGCCUCGAAACAGUGUUUAUGCCCCAGAAUCACACAUCCGACAACAUCGCAGAAGCUCUCCGCAGCGCAUUUGACGAGUGGUCCCUGGAUGAGAAGAAGCUGGCAUGCAUAACAACUGACAACGGGGCAAACAUCAUCGCAGCAGUGAGAAAAUUGAGCUGGACAUGGCUGAACUGCUUCGGACAUAAUUUACAUCUGGCAGUUACAAAUGCAAUGGCAAGCGUUAAAGAUCGCACAGCCCGAGCAAUGGGUCUGUGCCAUACCUUGGUGGGUGCGUUCUCCCAGAGCUGGCUGAAGAGGAGAGAUCUGGCAAGAGCGCAAGCGGAGCUUCAAAUCCCGCAGCACGGGCUGAUCAUGGACUGUCCUACAAGAUGGGGCUCCAAACAAAAAAUGGUGGACCGAGUCUUGGCACAAACCCCAGCUAUAAAAAGAGUUCUGGAUGAUCGGCGGCAUCAGCAUCUCAUUCCUAGCUGGCAGGACAUUGCAGUUUUGGAAUCGGUGAACGCAGCAUUGAAGCCAGCGGCUGAAUUUACGGAUCUGCUGUCUGGCGACACGUAUGUCACGGUCUCAUCCAUCAAACCCGUCCUAAAACUCCUCACUGAAGAUGUUUUAAAACCAUCGGAUGAGGACACCACUCUCACCUCGGACAUCAAGCGGAAGAUGUGCAGUGUUCUCGAGGAGAAGUACAGACCAGCUGCCCUACAAAAAACUUUGGCAAAGGCCUGCUUCCUGGACCCAAGAUAUCGUGGCAACAGUUUUGAUGAUGACACGGAGGAGACAAAGUGCGAGCUGAUUGAGGAAAUAUUAGACAUGGAGGACGGAGGGAGCGGUGCCAGUGCGUCGGCUGCUGCACAACAGGAGGCGCAAACAGCGGUGCCACCAGCGGCUAAAAAGAAAACCCUUGGAGACCUGCUGAAGCCACGGACAACCACCUCUGCAACUAUACCCAAGAGAGUUCGAGCCGACACCGAGCUCACACGGUACCUCCAGGAGGACCCCAUAGACUCAAAUGCAGACCCACUCGCAUGGUGGCGCGACAACCAGGGUAGAUUUCCUCUCCUCUUUAAAGUCGCCCGCAAGUACAUGUGCAUUUGCGCAACGAGCGCACCAUCUGAGAGAUCCUCUCUAAAACCACAUAAGGUGAAUAUGCUGGUUUUCCUCGCACGCAACAAGGACAUGACCCAGGUAUAA